AUGGAGCUACGAAUUCUUCCGAGAUUGGAGUCUCGAAACACGGAAGAAUUUCUUCCGACAAAUGAAGUGGUGGAGAUUCAAGAAUCAGGCGAAGAUACAGACACCCAGUCGAACGAACCAGUUCAAACAUCCAGACUUCCAUAUUAUAUUGCACGACACAGGAAAAUGGCAGAUAGUUGUUUCGAACAUGCGCGGAGCAAAGAGCAUGGAUUGAAACAUUUGGAUUUACGCAAGGGAUUUUUGGCGUUGUUUUGGAUCGGUGUUUUUUUACUAGUUAUGAGUGUGUUAAUCUCUAUGAUUACUGGCCUCGUCCAAUCCUACUUGGCCAUGCCCGUGGCCACUCAGAUCAAAGCGGAACAAGAUGUUUUCGAAUUUCCCGAUGUGUCUAUUUGUGCUAAAAGUCCUUUCUACAUGGAUAGAACACAGUUUGGACAAAAUUCGAGUGCAGAAAAUAUACUUAAUCGUAUCCAAAGUACCGUUUUGAAUAAAUUAAGAGAUGCAUCAGUCAAGGUGACCACGGCUGCAAUUCAAUCAGCCUUGCUCAUACAAAUGGCUACCAGGCAAGAUGACACACUUUUGCGGGCAUAUCAACAUAUCCUCUACUGUCGUUACGAUGACAAGGAGUGUUCAUUCUACAAUUUCACCGAACUGGUCCAUUUACGCUACGUCCAGUGCUUUACAUUUUCCCCUCGGACGCGUCUGGUCAGUGGAGGCAAAGGACUGCAAUUGAUAUUCUAUAAACAGCGUGGCAAUUCGAAGCCGUUUCUCAUGCUGAAUGACUUGGAAGAUCCCACGUUUACGGACGAUAUAAACGACGGUAUUCACGUACUCGUCCAUAACCCAAACACUUUUCCAACAUACGAAAUCAGCAAUAUGCCCACAAGUUUCUCUUUACGAUACGGACAGCAAGCCACUGUGGAAGUGUUUGGUCUCAAAUAUCGAUCCGAUUUGAGUGGGCGAAAGUCAUGUAUUAUACAUAAGGCCCCGUACAGGUACACGAAUUUUCGAGGUGGAGCCAAUUUCCUCGAAUAUCGAUACACAUAUGAGGAUUGUGUAGCCAACAAGAAACAAACUUAUUUUAAGGAUCGAUGUGGAUGCUAUUCUGAUCGGUUAUUUGUUCCAUUCAACAAAGCGAAAUCGGAAAUGGAACGUUCUAUCCUGGAUGCCAAUCGAUCUACGACGGAAUUUUGCCGAGACAUUCGUCAAAAGACAUCUCAGCGACUGCGCGAGGAAUUUCUUUGCUUUGAUCAAUACGAUAAAAUGCCCACGACGGCCGUACUGGAUCAGUACAUACCACUGAACUUACUGUUCGAAACAAGAGAUGAUCUGGACGCACGGAAAAUUGAGCGGCACGCUAUCUGCUCCUUGCCGUGUGAAAAGACGAUAUAUGCUACUCGCUUCUUCGAGGUGACUGACAUGGAGGAAGGAGCCACAUAUCCACCCACCAUUCUCUCUACAUAUGUUCAGCAGUUGCAAGCAAGUCAACUGGAACACGCACCUCUACAGCGUCUGUGGGAGGAGAUGUUCAACGAAUCGGAACCAUCAGGUGAUAACUAUCGAUCGGAAACAAGUUCACAGUAUUCAACAAAACCGACAAAUUUAAACUCCCGCGAUAUGGUUAUCCUCGAUAUUCGCACGUCAACCGAAAUGAUUGAUGCGUGGGAAGAAGAACUGACCGACUCACUGUUCAAUUUGAUCAGUAAUCUGGGUGGUACAUUGGGCCUGUGCGCGGGAAUCAGUUUCUUGAGCAGUUUCUUUCUUCUUAUAUUCUUCGGUCGUGCAUUUGUCCAUGCUGUACUAAGCGCGGUUUUCUGGUUCUGGUGGGCCGUUUACUUGGGUCGACCCGCGGCAGUCUUGCCGACAAAAUCCCCGGGGGAAUGGGCUGAAAAAGAAUUUGCGCCUGCAAAUCGCUCACCGGAAAAUUCCGAUUCUUCAGACGAAAAAGCGACUAGUGAAAAAGAUAUUGACUAUUUCAGUGAUGUGAAUUGGAAGAUAGUUCAAGGAGCGGAGCCCAAGGUUGCACAAGCGCCCACGCAACUGGAGGGUUUAAAUCCACUCAGGCAGGCAAAUCCAUUUGAAGACAGCGCUUCCGAGGUCGGCGACACAACAGCAACUCACACACAACCGGUACUAUCCACGGUGAUUCCAGCCCUCGCGAGAAGGAAAUCAAAAUCGAAUAUAACGGAUUCUGAUGCAAGUAGAGACUACAGUGUGAUGACAUUUAUACAGUAA